CCUCCGAAGGGUCUGCAAACCUGUCCGGCCUGCAGCACAGCACUCCCCAAGCCGGGCGAUGCCGUGAUCUCAGUUCUUAACCCGCCUGACGACCACAUGACAAGCGUUCUCAGUGGACUCAGUCCCAGCGCCACAACAGAAAUCUGCACUCGUGGGAUCGCCUUCUGGACUUCUCGAGUAUCCCAGGAAGUG